AAUUGGCAGCCAACUUUUGGCGUCACCGGUCGCUCUUCCUUGGGAUAAGGGUCUCCGUAGCAUAUUCAAUCUAAAUAAAAGAAGCAUGCGAUACAUAUUUGCCUGUACUAUUUUCUGAAGAUUCUCUCGAACAUCAAGACUACAGACCUCGAUCAGCCAUGACCGUCAUUCACAUAGUUCUAUUCAAAUUCAGGGCGGAUGUGUCGAAUGCACAUAAGGAUGAAUUCGUGACGGAACUGCGGAAGCUGAAGAACCUGCCCUGUGUCAUGAACUCGAGGUUUGUGGUCGGUGGACCCUCAAUCACUGACCCUAUUGAGCGCAGCCAGGGGUUUCAGUAUGCGCUCGUGAGUCAUCACAAGGAUAGGGAAGCGCUCGCUGAGUACCAAGCUAGCGAUGAACAUCAUAGAGUCACAAGCAAGUACCUCUGGCCAUUUAAAGAGGAUGUCAUUCGUUUUGACUUUGAGGUUGAUGGAUCAGAAGGCAGUACAGAAUUUCCCAUUGGCAACUUAGUAAAGGGCAGAGGGUAAAUAAUAGAGUGUUGGAUCAAGUUGCAGCGUCACGUGUGGAGAGUGACUAUAUGUCAACUAUUGAACUGGUUUCUGGUCAUCAUCAAAUUGAAUUGAGGUAGUUUCUACAAAUAGUGGGAAUUUUAAGUAAACGUG